AUGGAUCAACGAGCAACGCCUCCUCCGUCCGCCGCACCACUGCGAGAUCCCUCCGUCAGCCCUCCGCGUGCUGAGAUCUCUGGCCAGCCCUUUAUAUCUCCAACGCGUAAGUUUUCUUCUCUUGCUAUGAGAUUUUUUUUGGAUCGAUUGAAUAUUGUGGAGAUAACAUGCGGAAGAAAGAAGGAGUUUGUUUUGUGCAACACUUUGAAAGCGGAAGAGGAACAUACGCCUUUCAGGGGAUGGCGUGAAGCAAUUGAAAAUGAGUCUACGAGUCCACACAUCGUCAACCGAUUAGAAUUAAAAUCCAAAACUUCUAAAAAAUCAUCAAACAUGUACAUAAUCCAAACUUUUUUUUCAUAA